GUAUUGCUUGUGUCUAACUAACAGCCUCGAUGUGGCCAUGAUGAAGAAAUAUAAGUUCUAGAUGAAUGCAGAUAUCACCAACCGAGCUUAUUUAGUAGUCUCAACAUGCAUUCACUGGCCUGGCGUGUCGUAGUAGUCCUUUCGUCUUGGAUCGCAGUACAUGCCCUCGAGCAGCAAGUUCUCAUAGUUCCAGAGACGCAGCAUAUUUUCGGAGACCCCGGCGCCGAGCAUGAAAAGAUAUCUGCGUCGUCGGGCUUCCAGCAAGAUCAUUAUAACAGCUCGAAUCCUACGACUGGUUUUAUUGCGCUCGGAGACUCGUAUAGUGCGGGUAUUGGAACAGGAGGAGAAGGAAAGGAGAAUGAUUGUCGACAAGGCAUCUCUGCUUAUCCUCAGUUAGUAGCCGCCGACCGCGACCCGACUGCUUUUCAGUUCCUAUCAUGUACAGGCGCUACAACAAAAGAUAUCAUGGCCGGAGCUGAAGAGAGCCAAGUGGACCGCCUUGAUGUUUCACUCCCAGUCGACUUUGCGCUUCUAUCGAUCGGUGGAAAUGACCUUGGCUUCUUCGAUGUAAUCAAUGCAUGUGUCUUUCGAUUCUACAACUUUUAUUCGGGGACCUGCGAAGAUGCCCUAGCCCGCUCGCGAGUCCUUCUAGAAAGCGAUGAAUUCGAGAUCCAUUUGCGGAUUUUGGUCAUGGAAAUCCUUGACAAGAUCCGCUGGGAGAAGAAGCCGUCCUUCACCAUCACCGUGACAGGAUACGCAAGAUUCUUUAACGAGCUCACCGAUGGCUGUGAAGACAUGAGCUUUGGUGUUUGGUGGAACGGUCCAAAGCUUACCAAGAAGUUGAGAUCCGAUAUGAAUGCUCUAGUCCUCAGCGUCAAUGCCAAGCUACGCAAAACAACCGAUGCCAUCAACCACAGCUUCACUAAAGACAGACUUAUCUUCGUCGACUAUGACGCCGAAUUCGAUGGACACCGCUUCUGCGAGCCCAACGUCAUCGAGCCGGAUUACGAGCGCCUUGACACUUGGUUCUUCCUUGUGGGAGGGCCUGACAACGCAGGCAACGGAACCAAACCGCAGCAAACUCCAGACCCCAAAGCUCUGUCACCAACUUCUCCCCUAGUCGAACCCCUUUCAUGCUUAAGGCCGGCACAACAGUCUGGAGACUGGGGGAUGCUUGCGUUAUGUUAUAUGGCCAUGGCAAAACACGGCGAUCCAACCCUUCGCCUAGCUCGUGAGGACGUCUCAGCGCAAAAUUCAAUGUGGUACGUCCCCACAUACUACGGGAAAACAUUCCACCCUAGAGCUCGAGGUCACAAAGCGAUACGGGACAAUAUAUACAAAGUAUGGCGGACGGUUGAUGAAGUUCAAUCCAUGUAGCCGUCGUUGCAAUUCCAAUGCUCUUGGACUCUUUUUGCUCAUGAAGUCGGAGCCUUUGGUACGCUUGCCUACUUAUCUACAUUGCACUUCGAUUACGUGGGGAGUAUACAGGUAGCUAGUCAGAAGUCUUGAUAUUCACCUAUCAUCGGUCUGUGGUAGCAAUCUACAUAGGUAUUUAUUUAUAUGGAUAGUAUACAUAUGCGUACAUUAUGUAACCCAAGGUCGGGGAUUAGGCCACAGUAGC